AUGGGCCCCCCGUCUUCCUCUUCUCCGCCCUGCCUCGACGACGUCCCGCCGCGCUACGUCGAGGACGGUGGGCGGGCCUACCCGGCGACGAUCCGCGCGAUUCGCUACACGGCCCUCUCCAGUGGGGCGGUUCACCGCUUGUCGGCGCUGCCCUGCCGCCGCGUGAUCGGCGCCGUGCGCGAGUUCGGCGUGAACGACCCCCACCUCGGCGUCGGCGAUACGCGGAGCGCGGUGGCCUGUGCGACUUGCCACGGCCGCGGCACCGCGUGCGUCGGCCACCCCGGCCACAUCGACCUCGAGGCCCCUGUCUUCCACGUCGGAUUCUUCCCCGCGGUGGUGCGAAUCCUGCGGACGAUCUGCAAGCGCUGCGCCCACGUUCUCCUCACCAAAGAGGAGAUCGACUACUACACACGACGACUCGAGGCGGGCGCCUUCGCGGCCCCCAACGGCCCCGGCGCCCCUGCCGCGAUGGACCCCCAGCAUCAGACAGCGAUCAUCAAGCAAAUUCAGGUGGAUGCGUACAAAACAAGGGUGUGCUUGACCUGUGGGGGGUUGAACGGCGUCGUGCGGAGGUUGCGGCCGCUUCGAAUUGUGCAUGAAAAGUACCGGGUCGACCUUCGUCGUGGGGAGAGCGCCGCGGAGGACCCGGACGCGUUUUUCCGCGACGACAUGCGAGCCGCGCUGCUGCAUAACAAAAACCUUGCUAGCCAUAUCGAGCACAUUCACGAAUUUCUCGACCCCGCGCGUGUGUAUCAGCUUUUCUGUGCGAUUCCGUCCGAGCAGAAGAUCUUGGUUGGGUUGAAGCACGACGCACGGCCGGAGGAUCUGCUGAUUCGCUCGUUGGUGGUCCCCCCGGUAUGUGUGCGGCCGAGCGGGCCCUCCACGUCGGGCGGCGAGAUCCGCGAGGACGACCUCACGAUGCUUUACAACGAUAUUUUAGUGAGCUCCGAUGCCUUGAAGGAUGGAAACAACGAUACGGUGAAGUAUGUGGAGAACUGGGAGAUGCUGCAGACGCGCGUCGUGCGACUGCUCGAUUCGGCGAUGCCAGGCUACCCUUCGCACCUCCGCAUCGCCGACUGCAAGGCCUACGCGCAGCGGAUGAAGGGCAAAAACGGCAGGUUUCGUGGGAAUCUUAGCGGGAAACGCGUGGAUUUCUCCGGCCGAUCGGUGAUCUCGCCGGAUCCGAAUUUAGAAAUCGACGAGCUCGCCGUUCCGCUGCGUGUGGCGCGGGUCUUAACCUACCCACAGCGGGUUUUCGCGCACAACCUCGAUCUGAUGCGGCGCUUAGUGCGGAACGGCCCGCACGUCCACCCGGGGGCGGUGACUGUCUACCUGGCGAAGGAAUCCUCGCGGAAGUCGCUGCAAGGGGCGCGCGAUCGGGAGCUGUUGGCGACGCGGCUUUCCGUUGGCGACAUCGUCGAGCGGCAUGUGAUGAAUGGUGAUUUAAUUCUUUUUAACCGCCAGCCCUCGCUGCAUCGAAUUUCGAUGAUGGCGCACCGCGCGCGUAUCCUGCCGUUUCGCACCUUCCGCUUCAACGAGUGCUGCUGCUCGCCGUACAACGCGGACUUCGACGGCGACGAGAUGAACGUGCACGUCGUGCAAACCGAGGAGGCCCGCGCCGAGGCGAAGGAGCUGAUGCUGACCUCCCGCAACAUCAUCACCGCGAAGAAUGGGGAGCCGAUUAUCGCCUGCACGCAGGAUUUUCUGACCGCGGCGUUUUUGGUCACCUCGCGGGAUGUCUUCUUCGAUCGCGCGCAGUUUUCGCUGAUGGUCUCGCACUGGUUGGGUGCGAAGACGCUCUUUGAGCUGCCGAUCCCCGCGCUGCUGAAGCCGACGGAGCUCUGGACGGGGAAACAGGUGAUGGAGGUGCUGCUUCGCCCGUCUGAGGCGGUGGACGUGUUGUUAAAUCUCGAAGCCAAGGCGCGUUUUUACUCCGGCCGCGGUGGUGAGAAACACCACGAUCCGGCGGAAGGCUUUGUGGCCUUUCUCGACUCCGUCUUUAUCUCUGGUCGGUUUGACAAGAAGCUGCUUGGAGGGGGCGCGAAGGAUGGAUUUUUCGCCCGCCUGCACGCCAUCGCGGGGGGGGAUUACACCGCGACGUGCAUGUUUCGCCUCGCGCAGUUCGCCUCGCGUUAUUUACAGAACUAUGGCUUUUCCCUCGGCCUCGGCGACGUCGCCCCGACGGCGGCCUUGACGGAGAAGAAAACCGCCGUCCUGACGAGCUCCUUCGCGAAGUGCGAUGCGUUGAUCGCUGAGGCGAACACCGGUCGUUUGGUGCCCCUUCCCGGGAUGACCGUGAAGCAAUCCCUCGAGGCGAGGCUCAACGCGGAGCUGUCGAAGGUGCGCGAUGCGUGUGGUUCCGCCGCGAUGGAGACCCUCGACGCGCGGAGCAACGCGCCGUUGAUUAUGGUGAACUCCGGCAGCAAAGGCAGCGCGCUGAACACCGCGCAGAUGAUGGCCUGUGUCGGGCAACAGACGGUGAACGGGAAACGGAUCAUGAACGCGUUUCAGGAUCGCUCGUUGCCGCAUUUCCCGCGCUACGCGGAGGCGCCCGCGGCGCGCGGGUUCGUGCAGCACUCCUUCUACGACGGGUUAACCCCGACGGAGUUUUUUUUCCACACCAUGGCCGGCCGCGAGGGGUUGGUGGAUACGGCGGUGAAAACCGCGGAGACCGGGUAUAUCUAUCGCCGUCUGAGCAAGGCGAUGGAGAGUUUGAGCGUGCAGUACGACGGGACCGUGCGGAACGCGCGCGGGGCGAUUAUUCAAAUGCGCUACGGCGAAGACGGGAUGGAUCCGUGGCUGAUGGAAGGCAACCAUGGGGCGCCGUUGAACCUUCAGCAGGAGUGGCUUGCCGUGAGGGCGGGGUACGCGCGGUUUUGCCAGGCCCGCGCGGCCCGUCGUGCGGAGUUGCAAGGGCGGUUAAACGCGUGGUUGGCGUCGGAGAAGACCGGGGAGGGGGACCCCAUCCCGGCCGUUCGCCACGCGCGUCGGUUGUUGGAUCCCGACGGCGAGCUCGCGCGGCGGCAUCGCGCGCAACACGUCCUCUCGCUCCUCCCUGCUGAGGUGAAAGGAUUCGUGGAAGGGCUGCUGGAAGGGGGGGAAGGGGCGCUCGCGCGGCGGGCCGAUCGCGAGGCCGCCGAUCGCGCCGACGACGCGGCGAUGGCAAGCAGCCUCGUGGGGCUCCAAGGCGGGGUCGCGCCUCGACGACCCCCACGCGAAUCCCUUCCCCCGCUCCCGGUCGAGGAGUUACGGCGGAUGACGCGGAUUUGCAGCGCGCGAUUCCGCGCGGACGUCGGGCGGUUUUUCGACGGGCUCGUGGCGGAGCAGCGGCGGCUGCGCGGGCGGCUCGCCCUCCCUCCGGACGCACGGGAAUCCCUCGCGCCGUCGCGGUUAAUGCUCGAGGCGCUUCAGACGGAGAUCCUGCCGUUAACGGAGGGCAUGCUCGCGAGGUUUUUGGAGGCCUGCGCGCGAAAAUAUCUCCGCAAGACCGCGGAACCGGGGACGCCGUGUGGGGCGAUCGCCGCGCAGUCGGUGGGGGAGCCCUCCACGCAAAUGACGUUGCGCACCUUUCACUUCGCCGGGGUCGCGAGCAUGAACAUCACCCAAGGCGUGCCCCGUCUCGUGGAGAUCAUCAACGCGAAUAAAAACAUCGCCACCCCGAUCGUCCGGGCGCCGAUCCUCGUGCGCGGCGACGGCCCCGACGCGGGGUGGCGCACCGCGCGGUUGCUUCAAGGCUUGGUCGAGCGCGUGCUUCUCAAAGAGGUUUGUCAGGAGAUGGUGGAGGUGAUCUCGCCGCAGCAGUAUUCCAUCCAGGUGGUCUUGGAUAUGCCGCUCAUCGAGCGGUCGAUGCUCCCGAUUGAUGCGGUGGUGGUGCGGCAACGCCUCCUCGAGGCGGCGGCGCGGCCGAUGUCGAAACUCCGCAGCCUCCGCGAGGAUUGCGUGAGUGUGGUGAGCAAGGACGCCCUGAUGCUCUACCCGCCCGAGUGGGAUUCGAAACUGACGCAUUUUAACCUGCAAUCCCUGCUGUUGUUGCUGCCGGAGGUGGUGGUUGGGGGGAUCCCAGGCGUGAAUCGCGUAAUGAUUAACGAAAAGGAAAAGGAAAUCCUCGCGGAGGGCGCGGAGCUCCGCGCGGUGAUGACGCUCCCCUACGUCGAUAGCACCCGCACCGUCUGCAACCACGUCGCCGCGGUGGAGCGGACGCUCGGGAUUGAGGCCGCCCGGCAGACCAUCAUCAACGAAAUCAACGAGAUUUUAAAAGCCUACGGGUUGAAUAUCGACAUCCGCCAUAUCUACCUCCUCGCGGAUGUGAUGACGAACCCGGGGGUCGUCCUCGGGAUCACGCGGUAUGGGAUUCAAAAGAUGGAUUACAACAUCCUCACGAUGGCGUCGUUUGAGCGGACGACGGAACACCUCUACAACGCCGCCCUCGCGCAGCGCGAGGAUCGAAAUUUGAGCAUCUCGGAAAGCAUUAUCAUCGGCAAACCAAUCCCGCUCGGAACGGCGGCCUUUUCCGUCCUCAUGGAUCGCGACGGGUUGGGGAGAAAAGACGGCGACGCGAGCGUGGAGAGCACCGUCGGCGUGAACGCGACCUCGAUGCAGCCGGACGCGUUUCUCACGGAUGCGUAUCGGAAGUACGGCGUCCUCGGCGGCCGUGCAGGGGGGGGCGGAUCGCCUCUUCGUCGUCGCUCCCGCCCGCUUUUGGCCACCACCGACGCCUUCCACGUGGAUCUCUUCGCGGCGAGGUGA